GGGGAAGAAGAAUUGACGCCAAAAUGCGUCUUGGUUUCAUUAUAAUUUUAGGGGAAAAUACGUAUGAUUCAGUAUGGCUCCUUUUGGUUUCAGGGUACCAGCCUUAGAAUGAUCUUUUUCACCGUACAUGUUUCCGCGUAUUUAUACGAAUGAUGAACUCCACCGAAUCUGUUGGUGAUUCACUUGCUGUUUCACCGAAAUUUGAGCACUGGAAGCUGCGUGAUGAGGAUUGGUUGCAUAUACCGAUUACCCGCGAAUACACCGAGGUUCCACCAAACGAACCAGAUCCCUUCCCGGAAGGAUCUCGACCAUUGGACAAUCAAGUCGGUGGUCAUAGAAGUGCUCUAGGAAAACCGUCCAUAGGUGUUCUUCAGCAUAAGUCCGGUUUCAUAUUGAAAGGACUUUCACAGAAUAAUUGCCGAGGCAUGAGAGAGGCUCAUUUUUACGAAACCGUCUUCUAUGCCAAUGUUAGUGACGCGAAGGAUAUUCUGGACGAAUUGAAGAAAUGUAUACCUAAGUGCCUUGGACUGCAUCUGCAUGAUACCUCAGGAAUUCAUCAUUGUUACCUCAAACUUGAAGACAUAGCUGUAAAUAUGAAGACUCCAAGUGCCAUGGAUUGUAAAAUAGGGGUUCGGAUUACGGAUCCGUUAUGCACGCCGCAAAAGGUUGAAAUCAUGGAGAAAAAAUACGUUGGUACUCGUAUACCCCUUGGGAUAUCUCUUAUUGGUGCACGUUAUCUUGUUACAAAAACCCAGGAAUGGAAAAUUCUAGGAAGGGAUUUCGCAGAUAGUGUCACUGUUCAGGACUUGGAUUCUGUUUUUGAGGAUUACACAAAUGCGGGGAUAGACAAGCGAGUUAUCACGUGCUUCCUCAAUCAAAUGGACCGCCUUAAGGAAUGGUUCACGCGCCAACGAAUUUUCCUCUUUUUUUCGACGUCGUUAUUUUUCUGUUACGACGCGGAUAUUCUGAGUCGAAGGACUUUGAAUGGACCCACAAGUGAAAGCGCCACCGAAGCCGUGGAUACAAACAAGAUCAUCUUGAAGAUGAUCGACUUCGCGCACGUCUUCCCGUCGCAAGAUCAGCGUGAUGAUAAUUUCUUGUGGAUCGCAGUUCUGUGCAAACAGCUUCUUGGUUUGUGCAGUUCCGUCGUUCCAUCUGUUCAGAAUAUCAUCCGUCAGCAGCAAGGCUACUUAUGGAAUCCUUUCGAAGAUGUGAAACGUCUUCGUGGCUUUGGAAAAACGGACCUGGGUCAAAAAUUGAAGUUCAGCGAAAAGCUUAAAACCGUGUUCGCAAUGGAUCUGGCAGCGAUUCGUCCGGUAUCCACAAUGAUCGAAGAUUCCGAAGGUCCCUUCAAGAUAAAUCGGUACAAGGGAGAAGAUGGACAAGAAUCGUGCCCUGCAAAGAAGAGAAAACGGGAUAAAAUUCUUGUUGCUGAAUCACCUUGCAAAGAAGUGUGCGAACAAGAAGAUGCAUUCGCACCACCCAAAUCAAAGAAAAAGAAAGUCCUGACUUUGAAUCCUGCUUUAACGCUAAAAGAUACAGUCCAGAAUGACAACCAGUCCAUCAAAAAUAAGAAGAUCAAACCCGCCCAGCGUGAUUUCGAUGAAUUGCUUGACUCGGAAAGCGACGAUUCAGCGCCAAAAACGCGAAAGCUACGCAAAGGAAAGACGAAAGAUGCAUCGUUAAAGCAAAGCGAAAACAAUUCGGAAAGUCCUGCAACGAAAAAGACAAAGAAGAAGAAGAAAUCUGUUUUAGCUCAAGAAGCGAACUCGACGAAAACAGAUGAAAACGACGAGGAAGACGCCGCAAAUGCAGAUCCGGAGGUCAUCAAAUUAAAUCCCGCUGCGUUGAAGGAAAAUUUCACUGUGAUCAGUCCUGCUGUCCAAGUGAUGAAGCAACGGGUUCAAAAAAUCCUGCCGGAUUGGAUUGCGAAGCCAACCGUCAUUGAGCAAACUUACAAGGAUUUACUACCCAUUAAAUCAAUGUCUUGUCUCAGUUCUUCGUUGAGGAAAUUGUUGAAAUCCAACAGCAUUCAAACGUUCUUUCCAGUUCAACAAGUCGUGAUUCCAGCGCUUUGUGAAGCAUUCAAGGAAAAUUUCUUCCGCCCACGAGACAUUUGCGUCUCUGCGCCCACAGGCAGCGGGAAAACACUGGCUUUUGUGCUGCCCAUAGUGAAUGCUUUGAAGAAGCGUUGCGACCCUCAAAUACGUGCACUGGUGAUCCUGCCUGUUCAUGAACUUGCUGUGCAAGUUUGGGAAGUGUUCAAGACUUACGCCGCAAGUACAGACUUGAAAGUCGUGCUGCUUCAAGCCACCGUCCCGCUUUCGAGCGAACGAACGAUGUUGGUUCGUCAAGGUAAUCACUGA